AUGUCAAAGCGAGGAUGUCUCUACGAAGCUUGGGGUGCCUUGGCGCAGAUUCAUUCGAAAACCUCCGUUGAGAGAUUCGUUUUGCCAAGGGCACGGAGCAAGAUCAAAACGCAACAACAGAUGGAGCGUACUGUCACCGCAAGACCGGAAGGCUCGAAGAUGCUUCAAAGUGCAAAGGCUCUUGUCCACCUUGGCGAGCUGUCCGCUGCCGGACACGCUUUGACGGCAGAACCGCUCGCUGCAGGCAACAGCGACACCCUCGCAGAGCCCCGCGACCCCCAGCGACGACGGCACGAGCCCGACGCCCCGCUGCCGCAGGCCCCGCUCCAGCAUAACCCUGAUCAAGCAUGCCCCCUGCCUCUGCAGGCCUUCCUCGACAGCUUGCGGAGUGCUCGUCGCGGCUCCGCUGCCGGCCCGUCCGGCGCCACCAACGAGCACAUCCGCGUUUUGCUCGACAACGAGGAGGACGCCCGUUUGCUGCAUGGCACCGCCCUUCGGCUAGCCCAUGCGGAAGUGCCUCUCGCUGUGCUCAACGGCAUCCGUGUCGCGCGCCUCGUCGCGCUGCGCAAGCCCAACGGCAGGGUCCGUGCUCUCGCAGUCGGGGAUGUGCUGCGUCGUCUUGUCGGUCUGCAGCUUGAAGCCGUGUUGGACCGGCCCAAGGGCUUGGUGAUCCUCUUCCAGUCGGUGAUCGAGCACGCCGGGUGCACGCUGCAGCCCGGGACACCCGACCCUGACCCAGGCGUCCAGACCCCCAGCCCUUUUGGCCGCGAGGACCCGGGCACCCAGACCACCAGCCCUUUUGCCCCUGCCGACUACGCUGCCGCCGUGGCUGCACCGGCGGCAGCCACCCAGACCUUGAAAGCUCUAUUUCUGACAGGCCGCCGGCGCCCCCAGGCUGCCGCGGCCAUCCCCAACCAACAUCUGAAUCUCGCCUGCGGCUCGGCCCCGACCGCAGCUUGGCGGCCGCCGACCCUGGCGACGCGCGCAGCGCGGCUUCAGUUGUCACAUGUUGUCACGGUGUUGGAUGACACUCCACCGAGCACAGCACAUGAGUCCGGCGCCUCGAGCCUGUCGCCUCCCCUUUCUCCUGGCGCCGCCACGCCGUCGGCACAGCACCAGCCGCAAAGCCCCCAACCGGUGCACCACACUCCGCCACUCCAGCAAGAUGUGCAGACCUGUGCCAUAUGCCUCGAUGCCGUCAUGCCGGAGGCAACCGGUUCCGGAUCUGGCGUUCUCCAUCCCACGUGUAGGCGCCACCGCCUGCACCUCACCUGCCUCGCGCAACAGCGCGCCCAAGCCAGCUCCCCGCAUGACAUGCGCUGCCCGGUCUGCGCCGCCGAGGGCUGGCCGCCGGCCAACGAUGAGUGGCUCCGCACUGCUUGUCUGGCCAGGGGGAUAGAGGCGCCCGCACGGCUGCCCGCCCCAUCCACAGUGCGGCAUGCGGUUGAGGACUACGCCACGCGCACCUUCACCGCCAACGACGCGGUGGAACCCCCAACACCGGAGCAUGUGCAGGCCUUCUGCUGCCCUAGACUCGCAGCCGUGCGGGGUAGUGGCGGCGACGUUGACUUUGUUGAGCUGCCCCAUCGCAGUAUGCAGUGGGCACCCAUACCAGUGAGGGGCGAUGCAGGCAUCCUUGCCUGGCGCUUAUCGUGGGCGUGCCCUCGCUGCGCGCAGAUGCUGGACUGGGAGCAAGCUGACGUCCCCGCUGCUGCCGGCGAGUGCUGCCUGCACUGCGGUCGCCCACAAGUCUGGGAGUUUGACGUCGGACGGGGCAGCGGAGCCUUGCGCUGCGCCUGUGCACCCGCCAAUGCGGCCGCAAGUGGCCCUUGCCCACAAAACCCCGUCCCAGCGCCAGAGGCCGCAUUGCGUGAGGCAGCCGCCUUGCCCGCGGGUGCUUUCGUGCAUCUCGGCUGGACCGUGCGCAACCUUGCCCAGGCAGGCGGAUACAUUCCGGCUGCGAGCCAGGAAGCCUGCCUGCAGCUGUAUGGGGGGCCUGCCUUCGCCUCUGACCUCAACCGCGCUUCUGAUGCCUUCCGCCUUGUGGCCGCCCCAGCCACCGAGCCGGUCAACGCAGAGGCGCCUCAGACUUCCAGCGUGCACGCCCCGGUGCCUCAUCAACCCACCGCCGAUGAGGACGGCGAUGCCAGUCUCGCCCGUGCUGCCCUCAGUGCACGACGAGGAAGUGGGCGUGGACGGAGAGGCCGUGGCCGGGGCGCCCGGGGCCGCGGAGCUCGUGAGCCCCCGCCACCUCCUGCGGACCACUUGCUCGCAAGCCAGGGCGAGGCCCGCGCUGACCCUGAACCGCCCUCAACGGCACAGCGCGCGCAGGUGUUGCACGCACGGCACAGCAGCGCUGCGGCUGACAGCAUGUUGCGUUGCCUUUUGUCCCUCGAUGCUGUCAGCCUCCAGGGUCAGUGCCAGACACGUGUCCUCACGCUGCAGGCCGCCCCCUCGCGCACUCGAGGUACCUUGCGUGCAGCCAUGCGCUACGGCCUUCGCUGCAUCGUCAACCCUGAAACACCCGAGCAUGAGGUGCGAGGGUGGAAGCUGUUCUGCCUUGCACCUCGCAUGCUCCUCCACCGCUCGCCUGGCCAGUCUAGCGUUCCCGCAGCCGAGCUUGACCGCCGCUGCGAGCUUUUCAGGGCUGGGGACUGGGCUGACCUGCUGGAGCAGGCCGCCGGCUGUGUCGCUGGAGCACCCAGUUCGCAGCAGGGUCGCUCGCCACCGAGUGAUGGAGCGCGCGCUCACCGUGCCACCGCCCUUGUCCACCUCGGUGAGCUCUCUGCGGCGUCGCGCGCCCUCACUGCCGAGCCACUCGCGCCCGGUAACGAUGACACUUUAGCCGAGCUCACCGACCCUGACAAACGCCCCCCGCAUCCGUAUGCCGCUUUGCCGGACGCGGUGCUUGCCUUCCAAGCAGAGCAUGAGUGUCCCUUGCCCAUGCCCGCGUUCCUCGCGGCCCUGCGCGGCGCCCGCCGCGGCUCUGCGGCCGGGCCGUCUGGCACCACCGCCGAGCACCUCCGCACCUUGCUUGAUGAUGAAGAGGACAGCCGGCUCCUCCACGCAUACGAGUCGGACGCCUUGUUGCGCUGCGCAAGCCUAAUGGCCGCGUCCGUGCUUUGGUUGUCGGCGACGUCCUCCGCCGACUUGUCGGCAAGGCUGCUGCGUAGCGAACGCGUGUACAGCAUGGGUGCACAGGAGAGCGUCUUGAUGGAGGAGCGCCAGGCCGCCGACCCUGACGGCAAGUGGCUUGUCGGCUCGCUCACACCGAAGUCCGAGUCAGCCAAAAACAAUGCCAUCGGCUUUGGCUUCAAUGAUUCCCCACAGCAAGAUCCGGCUUCAGCGCGGGUUUUCGCACACUCCUUGGCAUCGGGCACGUUCAAAGAUGAAUUUGUCGUGCAGCUGAAAGGUGUUGCCGACGUUCAAUUCUGGCAAGGUGUUCGGUGCAGGUCUGAUUUCGAUCAUUUGCAUGAGGAGCUCGGACGAGAGCAUGGUGGGGAAAUCAUCCAGCCUCUUCCCAAUCGCACGGCGGAAUACUUCAAGAUGAAGCCAGUGGUUUGGAGCGUCUACAUGCACGAAAGCAGUGUAGGCUUGGAGGACUGGCUGAACCAAGUCAUUGACGCAGGCUUUGGCCGCGCAGGGUCCUUCAAGAGGUUCCUAUCGCACCAAGCGACCCAGGGGCCCAUAGGCAUCCAUGGCUGGGACAGUGCCUCACACAUGAUUCUGUCCCUGCCAAUGCUGGACGAUGUGAUCAACUUUUUGGAGGAGCCUCUCGAUGUGGCACACUUGUGCGAGCUUUCGUCGAAAACCAUUCUCGAGAACGGCAAGCUCUUCUGUGCCAAGCAGUGGGAACGCAUGUAUGCUGAGCGUUGGCCGGCAUUCCAUGAAGCCCAGUGCCAUAUGUCAGAAGUAACUCACAUGAAAACGGAUUGGAAGUCUGUGUACCGCCACACCUGCUCUGGAAAGUACGAAGCAUUACUGGAGGUGUACGACCGGGAGAAGAAGCUCGGAUUUGCCAUGUCCUGCAUGUUGGCCAAGGUCAGUUGGGAUGCAAACAUCAAUUGCUACAUCACCAGCUACGUGAGCGCCAGCCAGGUGCUUCCCGAGAAGAUCCCAUACCAUGAAGGCUACAGGCUGCGAUUCUGCAGGCCGUCGGUGCGCGAAGAGCUGAAACCUGAGCUCAUGCCUCCGCUUGCCCCGGAAGUGUAUGGCUAUCGUGUUCUGCACGAUGUGCCGGACCUCAAAGUAGGCCAGGGCCUGGAACUCCAGUGGAAGAUGCAGCAAGGCAGCCCUUUCGGCUGGUGGUUCGGCAUCGUGGAAUCUGUAAUGCGGGAUCCCAACAGCACGAAGGCAAUCGUGACCAUGACUUUUGAUCAUUUUCCGGCCACUUCCAGGUGGCGCCGUUUACAGAUUACUGUAGGAGAUGGUGUAACGCGGCCAUGUGCUAUAGGAGGCUGGCAUGGCGGUGUGCGAGCGGUGAGCCCAUCGGAGAAGAAGGAAUGGGCAAAAUUCUUUCCAAAGGAACCGGUGAUUUUCUGA